UUGUAGGCAAUCGAGCAAAAAAUAAUUGUCAAUUCUGUCAUUGCGUCGAAUCAACGAAUGUCAACAAUCAAUGUCAAGUUAACUUUACGAUUACGAUUAAUCUAUUUGGUUUUGGUGUCUUUUUUAUGAUUAUCUAUAUGGAAUCUUCGAAGAAUACGAGAUAUUAGUAAACAAUUAAAAUUCUUCUAACUUAAUUAUCUUAGACACAAAUUGUCUCAUAAUGAAUUACUUUAGUUUAAAUAAACUGGUGACUACACUGGGUGUUCGAAGAAUUUUAGAUUUUCGAACAAUGAAAACCAAAACAAUAAUCAAUGCUGAAGGAAAAGAUGUGAUUAAAAAGAAAACUUACGAGAAUAGAAUAACGCUUAUUAGUCCCGAUAAUUCUCUGAGUAUUACAGACUUGAAAAAUGCUCAGAAUAUAUCCCUCAGACGGGAUUUGAAGCUGGUUAAAAUUCAAGAUGUUGAUUCGAAAACGAGAAGACCAGUUUACAAACUUAUGACAAACUCGGAAUAUCAUGCAGAAGAGCUUUCUAAAAGGAAAGAGAAGCAGGUGGCCCGCCAGAAUGCGUUAGUAAAGGGGGAAAAACUGUUAACAUUGUCUUCAAGAAUAGGAAAACAUGACUUGAUGACUGGUAUCAAGAAGAUGCUGAAACUAGUAGAGAAACAGUAUGAAGUCAAAGUGGUGAUUGCCGGGGAAGAUGCUGAGGCAGCCAUUAAAUCUGAAAAAAUAUACCAAACCAUUGAGAACCAAGUGAGAAAUAUGAGCAAAAUAGUGCAGAAGAGGGUCAAGGGUAAUAGUUUAAGGUUUCAAUUAUUACCUGUUAGAAGUAGUAACACUGAAGGUACUGGCAACACAGACUCUAAUGAAAAUGACAACAACAAGGGGCCACUAUGACUAGGAGCUCUAUUCCUGAUCAUAGUCAUUGCAAAAUAUUGGUUGUUAAAAAAAUAUUAUUUUCAAAAUACUGAGUCGGAAUCCCAAAAAAACUCAAAGAAACCAGAUUUAGAUAACAAUGGAACUAAUAGCAUUUGAUGUUUGUAUUUCAUUUUUUGUUAAGUGAUUUUUGUGCAAUUUGUAAUUAUUAACAGUACAGAUCAUGUAUAGAUAAUUAUUUUGAUUCAAAGUCAAUUUAACUUGUCUAGGAAACUAAAUCAAAUUGACUGAUAGUUUCAAAUAGAUCUUCCAUUAAAUAUUGUAAAUAAACCAUGUCUAUACUUAGUGAUUUGAUCACUUUUGUAUAUAUUUUCUUCUUUUUAGUUUUAAUGAAAUACCUAGUUUAUGUGACAUGAUGUUGUAUAGUUAAUAAUUGUGCUUUGAUUUGUUGAAAUGAAACACUUUAUGUAAAUAAAUGACAAUUUUAAUACAGCAUCCACCUAGUCAGUCAGUUCAGUCACAGUAGCAGCAUGUUCAAGCAUAUGGCAAGCCUGUCUGAGAGCUGAUGCUUGUUUGUUUUCCACUGUGUAAUAACACAUUAGCCUCAGACAGAGUUACCUGCUAAUAUACAAGUGUCCACUCUGAACAUAGAACUACUUAAACUCUAAAUACAUACACUGUCUAACACAAGAAGAUACAUUCAACUAGUAUGCUGACAUAACUAAAAUUCAUAAAUUAAUGAUUUAUUUUUAUCAGUUGGAGUUAUCACAGAUGUUUUAGAGAUCGUUAAUUCUUAAAUGGUAGGAGUUUUAUUGGUAGCAUAUAGUACACAUCUAAGACAAUAAUAAAUUAUUAAAUGGAUGGCUAUUAUGGCAAAUGUCAAUUUUAUUGCAAAAAAUAAUUUAAAAAUAGUCAAUUUUCCUUUCUAUUUGAACGCUCAUGCGCGUUUGCGAAUAUCAGAAUAAAUCUAGAGAGCUAAUGUAUAGGUACUAUAAUAAUAACAUCACUUAUUAACUAUGGAGAUACUCGGACAAAGAGAACGGAAAAUUGGCGUAUUGUAAUAACAUUGCUGGCAUAAGAAAAUAGGUUUGUGAAGAUUAAGCGUCACAAUUACUAAACUACUGGAUAUGGCAAUAUUUAUAUAAUACAAAAUUCUUGUAAUAAACAUUAGCAAAUCGAUUAAGUAGACUUGUAAGAACCUAUUGAAGUACAGUAUACUUUGUGAUCU